CUUGUUUGUCUCUUUCAUCACGCGUUAUAACUUCUUGACGAAAUUCUUAUCACUAUUAAUAUAUAUAUAUUUUUUUUUUGUAUGCAUCGUAUUAUUCAUUAUUUUUCAUUGAUUCAUUUUACAUACAUAUUUGUUUUUGCUUUGAGGUGAGAGAAUAUAAAAUGAAGGAAUUGAUUAUAACACUUCUACUGUUUUCGACCGUUCUGGGGAAUGCACACCCUCCCCGCCCUCGUCCCAAGCUUCCUUCGCUAAGUCAACAAUAUCUCAACGUCGCUGCGUAUCCUUUCUCCAAGAUCGUAGGUGUGUUUCGUAUCGUGGACGGCGAUUCCUGCAGAUGUACUCCUCGGUCUCGUCCUUGUCCUGUCGAGAUUAUGGAAGAUUCGGUCUUCAAGGAGAGGGGAUUCCCUUGCCCGUUCCUGACGCGGUACUGCUGUCAGCGGGAGACGCUCAUCGACAUGUCAGGGGCUAUCGACAGGACCCUAAAAUCGACCGACCACCAGAACCGAAACUCGACAGCUAGUGACGUCGACAGGACAAGGCCUACUCAUUUGGUCGCUUCGAAUUCGAGAAUAUCGACCGAGAAGAGCAAUAAUAAUAGAAUACAAGCGGUUUCGCAAUCGACAGACGUGUCAAAAUCACCAUUUUCAAACGUUCCAAGUGUUUCAGAGGUUUCCAGUGUUUUAAACGUCACGCAGGUUUCAGUCGUUCCGGAUGCUUCAGAAACCUCGACGGUGACCCUAACUCAAUCCAUAGUCGAGAACAAGGCCUCGGGAAACAGCGGCCGACGAGCGAAACCGAAAGCUUGCUCGUGCACGACCCGUGACCAAUGCCUCGCUUGGUGGUCGGAGCUAGACGACGCCCCCGAGGUCAAGGUGAGGACGAGUCUGCGCUGCGAGGAGCCAAGUCAGGUCACGUGCUGCUUCGGCCGCAUCGUGCCCUCCCUCCACCAUAUAUCUCGUGACCCGACGCAUUCCGGACACGACGUACGACAGCCCUUCAUGACAAGAUGGAGGCCGCUUGCGAAUGCGUGGCAGAAUAUAAUUUCGUGGUUUAACGGAUGAGUGAAGGUAGUAGCGAAGACUUGGAGAGUUUCCUUGCCAUAAUUUCGGCGCUUAUUUUUCCCUUGUAAUCUGAAGGAACUUGAGAAUCUGACUUUAAACUAGAGUAUAAUUACGAAUGAUGACAUUCUCCGUUUAUGAAUUUCACAACGUGACUAAACCGUUAUGGUUAUAUUUUGAUUCAAGAGUUUAAUAUCGGGAUGGAAAAGAAUCAGGGGCAUUAUUGGACAAUAACAAAUAAAAUAUGUUAACGUGGUAGUUUACUCUCUCUUUCUCUCUCCCUCUCCCUCUCUCUUUUGCGCACCCGCGCGCGUGUGUUGUUUG